GAACCAAUGCGGCUGUGGCCUGCAGCCCAGUCACUCCUGCACGGCCUAAUACAGUGCAGGCCAAUUACCUCCCUUGACCAUUUUCGAAAUUGAUCGCUUGACAUAUUGUGAUGGCGGCCUCGGAGGCACAGCCUCCAUCGAAGAGCAAGAGGGUGCGAACAGGAUGCUUGACAUGUCGUGAACGCCACUUGAAAUGCGAUGAGGGUACUCCAGAUUGCCUCAAUUGCCGAAAGAGCAAUCGCGAAUGCAAGCGCGGCGUCCGAUUGAACUUCAUUGACAUGACCUGCAAGCAGCCUCCAUUCAUCUUUACAACGCCAGAGUGGUCAAUUCAAUUUCAAGAUGAGUCCAGACUCAUUGCUUCCGAGUACAGAGGUGGACUCGCCAAAUACCGCCACCUCGCAGUGGAACCAGCCUCUGUGCAGGCUGGCAAAGAACGGACACAAUACGUAUCACCGCAAGUGCAGAUUCGACCAAACGACAACGGCGGUCUCCAUAUAGGGCCAACUACCAGCAUAGAUCAACAGGGUUUCGCAUCGGGGCAUGGCCUGUAUCACAAUGAGCGGCUGGGACAAGUCAAUCCUGACUUGAUCAACGAUGCGAGAUAUCAUUCAGGCGCAGUUGUGGACCAAGCUUUCAUGGUAGUGCCCGGUGGUGCGCCGUCGGAUCGAUUCAACGAUCAGCCUUACGACAUCUUUGCGCAUUCUUCCAAGAUGAAUGGGAGAGACAACAGUGAAACACUUGCGGGUCAGAAAAGUGGCAGCGCAUCGACAACCGAGUCGGUCGCUGGCAUGACGCCAAACUUGUCGCUCGUUGACUCCAGGCGCGGAUCAAGGAAUACCAAAGGCAUCAUCACUCCGCCCAGGGAAAAGAGCGGCGAUCUCGACCAUAUCAGUUCCCCGGAACAGCUCAGACUCAUGCAAGUCUUUGUUUCCGAGGUGGGCGUUUGGAUGGACAGCCUUGAUCCAGACAAGCACUUCUCGCGGCUCGUGCCCUAUCAUGCCCUCAAAUGCCCGAUGCUCUUGAAUGCGCUGCUUGCUUGCGGCGUCAAGUAUCUCACACUCAUCCAGCAAGAUAGCGACGACAAGGCCUUAUUUUACUACGACACAGCGACAACGCAGCUUCUCCGCAGCUUGCAGAAUCCGGAACGGAAUACAGCGGAGUGCGCAGCUACGGCUGUCGUGCUCAAUGUGUACGAGAUAAUGAGCGAGAAACCCACUCAGAGAAUGUCACAUAUCGCGGGCGCUCGAGCACUGAUUCGGGAGUGUAACUGGAAUGCGAGGAGCACAGGGCUCGGAGCUGCCUGUUUCUGGCUAAAUGUAGGCAUGGAGCUUCUGAGCUGCCUGGCCUUCAAUUGGCAAACAGCGUGGGAGCCGGACCAGUGGGGUCUAGAGAUGGAUCUCACCGUGGAGACUACUGAGGAAGGCUGGGUACAUCGGCUCUUUUAUCUUGUUGCAAAGAUCGCCAACUUCCGAGCAAACAUUCCGAAGUUCCAGGAAGCGAGCCCUCACGACGAGCAGAUACGCCUACAGGCACGGUACGCCGAGUGGCAACGACUGAAGCACAUGUGCGACAGCUGGCAUGAUGCAUGCCCUCCGACAAUGCACCCGCUUGGGGUGAUACUGCCAUCACAGCAGACUGGGCCUUCGAAAUCUCUGUUUCCUAAUGUUUGGAUUAUAAAACGAGCAGCCACUGUCGGUAGACUCUACUACCAUACCGCCCAAUGCCUCCUGGCACAAAUGAAUCCACUUUCUCCACGGAAUAGCGAGGAAGCAAAGGCGAUUCAGCUGCACCACGCUCAUCAGGUCUGUGGCAUCACAGCACACACUCAGGACCACGGCGUAGCGAGUGUAUCCAUUCGAUCCGUCGCACUUGUUGCCGAGGUGAUCGAAGACCACGCUGAGCAGCAAGAGAUUGCCCAAAUCCUGGAGAAGAUCGACCACGACACGGGGUGGAAACUCGCCGGCAUCAUAAAGCAACUGCGAUCUGUCUGGGGAUGGGAGAAAAUGGGGCAGAGCGGCGGACUGGUCGCCAGCGCAACUCUGCAGCCGCCGCGCAACCCGGGUACCCCAAACAGUCUGAGCAGUCGAGGCUCGUCUCAUGGUGCAAAAGCCGAAAACAACGGUCCUCAGCAGAGGUUAUCCGCGCCGACAGCUUAUACUGCGAUGUCUUACGGCAACGGCCAUCAGCAUGGUCACUUGAAUGGCAUGCAGCCCCGCCAGCAACAAGGCAUGCAACAGACAGAGCCCUCGAUGCAGCCGCUAGGUGUGACAGCGCUGCCCUCUGCGCCUCCAGUGUCAGCAGAUUCGCCAAUCUCACGCCGGGGCAGCAUGGCCGUGGCAACGUCUACUGCGCCAGUCGCAGCUCCGAGGCCGAUGCGCGUGAAUCCACUGAGCUUCGCAGACUUCAGCCUACCGAACCACCCGUACCAGAACUGGUAUGAACCUCCAAGCCGAGCAGCAUCAAAUAUCACGUAUCAGUCCCAGACCCUAUUCCGAUAACUCCCGGGCAGGUCAAGGUUUGAUCUACUGCUCAUUUUACAAGUGGACACUCGAUCAUGUUUGGAUCGUUGCUGGUCCCUGGUAUCCAUUCACACCCUUUGUUACUUGUAUAUAUGUCAGGAGCAUAGUAGAGGCGCGCAUUGGGGCGUUUGGGGCAAUAUUCGAUGACAGGUUACUUGUAUGUUUUAGCGAAAGUGGCCGGGAGUUUGACAUUUCAAAAUGGGCAGUGAGGACAAAUGGAACAGCUUCACAGGACUCCAGGCGUAAUUUUCAUUGCAUAGAGUAAGAGCUCGGGAUUG